AUGCCUGCAAGAACUGUGAAUAACAUCGAGGCCGAGUCCUCCCGAAAACGCCCUCGUCGCGCAGAGCCUGCCGCCAGCGAUGAAGAAGAGGUCGACGUACAGCCCGUCCGCUCGACUAUUCGUGGUGAUAAUCGAAAACGAGUCCGUCUUUCCUAUGCGGAAUCUAGUAAAGACAAACGUCGAUCUAGCCAUGAACCUACCCCAAACCUGAUAGAUGCCGAUGGCCCUGCACUCGCUACCGUCGAGGACCAAAAUUCGCCCGACACCCCUCCCAAGACCCAGUACGAGCUGUUGCGCGACAACAAUUUUGAUCAUCUCCGCCAUGAGGCCGCCGAUGACCAGCGUGCCACGCAGAGACUCCGUUUUCGCCCGAAUCUUUUAGGCGACAAUGCAAUCGCCGACAACGGCAUCAUAGAGAGCAUCACAUGCGUGAACUUCAUGUGCCACCAGCGCCUGCACUGCGAGUUGGGACCACUGCUCAACUUCAUUGUAGGUGAGAAUGGCAGUGGCAAGAGUGCAAUUCUCACUGCGAUCACUCUCUGCCUUGGAGGCAAGGCAAGCUCAACCAACCGUGGAGGUAGCCUGAAGAGUUUCGUCAAAGAGGGCUGCGAACGUGGUGUCUUGUCUGUCAAGAUCAAGAAUGCCGGUCAGGAUGCUUAUCGGCAUGACAUUUACGGCGACUCAAUCAUCGUGGAGCGCCACUUCAACAAAUCUGGUAGUAGCGGCUUCAAGGUCAAGACGGCCCUCAGCCAAAUCUACUCGACCAAGAAACAGGAGGUCGAGGAGAUUGUUGAGUAUUACGCUCUUCAAGUUGACAACCCAUUGAACGUGCUCUCUCAAGACAACGCCCGCCAAUUUCUCAAUACCUCAACGAAGACUCAGAAGUACAAGUUUUUCAUUGAGGGUGUACAGCUACAACAGCUCGAUAAUGAUUACAGACUGAUAUCUGAGAGUCUUGAGCAAAUGGUGGCCAAAGUUCCAGAUCAAGAGGAGCGCGUCAAGCAUGCCAAAGCCAUGCUGGACAAGGCGACCCAGAUGAAGGAGGCCAUAGAGGGCAACCGGCAGGUCCGCGUCAAGAUAAGAAUCCUGCGCCACCAAGUCAUUUGGGCACAAGUCGAGGAGCAAGAGCGGAUCUUGGCCGAACGCGAUCAGACAUCGGAGCUGUGGAAUGCGAACGAAAAAAUUGAGAAUGCACUAACGUCAGUUAACGUCAUCAAAGAAGAAGAAAGCGACCAUCGGCGGCGAGUGGAAGAGGCCACUGAGAGUCGCGAGCCCGAUCUCAUCAACCAGCUUGACAAGUCUAAGAAGGUAUUGGCCGCAAUCGAUGACGAGCACCGAAGAAAAAGAGAGGAGAUAGACGCUGCCCAGACAAAGGUUCAAAGCCUCGUGAACAAUCGCGGCUCAGGGUUCGAGGGAUAUGACCCUCAGCCCAUUGGCCCAUUGGGGGCUCACAUUCAACUCGUGAAUCCCCAGUGGUCUUCGAUCCUCGAAAAGACACUAGGACAGAACUUAAGUGCUUUCCUUGUCACUAGCAAGCGUGACCAAAAAACCCUUUUCGGCUUCAUGAAUCGGCUGGGUAUCAGAGGUUGCCCGAUCUUGAUUGGUGGCGGUCAUACGCUUGAUCUCGCUGGCAAAGAGCCUGACGCGCAAUUUGACACAAUCCUCCGAGUUCUGAAGUUCGACAAUCAGAUGGUUCGCGAUCAGAUGGUGAUCAAUCACAUGAUCGAGCAAGUUAUUCUUGUUCCCGACCGGAACCAGGCCCAAGAUAUCAUGUUUAGCAACGCGCCACCGCGGAAUGUUAAGGCUUGCUUGUCUUUUCAUGACCGGAAACGUGGCCAGGGCCUUAGGUUGGUCAACAAUGGCGGAGCGAUCUCGACCACGCCUGUGCAACCCAACCCAACCACGAAAUCUCGUAUGAAAACGGAUUCGGAUUCACAGAUCUCCUUUCACCAAGAGUCGUUGCAUCAAUUGGAGAUUGAAUAUCGGGUACUCGAUGGCGAGAGGCGACGGGCCCAACAAGAGGCUCAACGCUGCCAGAUCGAGCUGGAUAGCUUGAAGAAAGAGCGGACUGCACUCGUGGCCCGACUAAGAAAUUUUCGAGUCCAGGUCGAGCAGAUUGAGGCUGACCUUGACCAAUUUGAUGGCGCCGACGGUCGAUUGCAGGGUCUACAGGAGCAGCUUGUCGAGACGAAGGUCAAUAACGACCACCACGGAUUGCAGUAUGGCCUUCUUCUUGCCAACAAAAAGGACAAGAACAAGGAGUCGGAGAAGGCUUCGAAAUCUCUGAGAAACGAAAAGUUGCUGUUGAAGGACUUCGAGGCACGUCUCGAAAAGGCUGACGAUAAGCUCAAGCGUUUCCAGGAAAUGCGUACCAUUAUCCUUACUGAACUAAAUGAAGCCUUUUCGGCUGUUGAAUUAUACAAGGAGGAAAAAGUGGCGCUGGAAAGAAGACGAGAAAGGCAGAAAGUUCAUGUCGAGGAGAUGAUCAUCGAAGCUAAAAGGGUUAGCGAUACACGCGCAUACAUACCCGCGGAGGAGACGUAUCAAAGCCUCAUAAAACAGUACGAGGCUUUGAACAAACGAUUACAUGACGAGGAGAAAAAGAACGGAAUGUCGGAUCAACAAAUCUUCGACAACCUCGCUCAUGCCAAAAAGGCGUACAACAAGAUGGUGACGGACCUCACUUCUAUCAAGCAGGUGAAUUCGGGCCUGCGAGAUACGCUCAACUUGCGCCUGGAGAAGUGGAGAAAGUUUCAACGAUAUAUAUCAUCGCAGUCCCGUGCCAACUUCAUCUACUUGCUAAGUGAGCGCGGGUUCAGAGGCCAACUGCUUCUUGAUCACGAGCGCAAGGCUUUGGAGCUUCAGGUAGAGCCAGACAGGACCGCAAAGAGAGCGGCGGGACGAAACACCAAGACCCUAUCUGGCGGCGAGAAGUCCUUUUCGUCUAUUUGCCUGCUCCUUUCUAUCUGGGAAGCCAUGGGUUCGCCCUUGAGGUGCUUGGAUGAAUUUGAUGUGUUCAUGGACAAUAUCAACCGCGCCAUUAGCACAAACAUGUUGAUUACGGCAGCACGCCGUUCCGUGAACCGGCAAUAUAUCUUUAUCACGCCCAACGCUAUCGAGGGCCGUAACACGCUAGAUAAGGACGUCAAGAUUAUCAGACUCACAGAUCCCCGACAGCGGACGCUGGCAGACCAUUGA